CGCCUCCCUCCCGCCGCCUCCCUCCCGCCGUCCCCCCGCGCCGCCGCCGCCGCCGCCGCGCCUCCAAGAUGCCCGGGCAGCGGCGGGGAGGCUGCCGCAGCCCGCUGGUACCAGACCACCUUCCCUGGUUUUUGAUGCUGAAUCAGGAUCGUUUUAACUAAAGAUGGAAACACUGGAGUCAGAAUUGACCUGCCCAAUCUGCCUGGAGUUAUUCGAAGACCCUCUCUUGCUGCCGUGCGCCCACAGCCUCUGCUUCAGCUGUGCCCACCGCAUCCUGGUGUCCAGCUGCUCCUCCAGCGAGUCCAUUGAGCCCAUCACCGCCUUCCAGUGCCCCACGUGCCGCUAUGUCAUCUCCCUCAACCACCGGGGCCUGGAGGGCCUCAAGAGGAAUGUGACCCUGCAAAACAUCAUCGACCGCUUCCAGAAGGCAUCCCUGAGCGGCCCCAACUCCCCCAGCGAGAGCCGCCGCGAGAGGACGUACCGCAACAGCCCUACCAUGUCCGUGGCCGGCGAGAGGAUCGCCUGCCAGUUCUGCGAGCAGGAUCCCCCGCGGGACGCGGUGAAGACGUGCAUCACCUGCGAGGUGUCCUACUGCGACCGCUGCCUGCGGGCCACCCACCCCAACAAGAAGCCCUUCACCAGCCACCGUCUGGUGGAGCCCGUGCCCGACGCGCACUUCCGAGGACUCACGUGCCUGGAGCACGAGAACGAGAAGGUGAACAUGUACUGUGUUGCUGACGACCAGCUCAUCUGUGCCUUAUGUAAACUGGUGGGCCGCCACCGGGACCACCAAGUGGCAUCCCUCAGCGACCGCUUCGAAAAGCUGAAGCAAACCCUGGAGACGAAUCUCACCAACCUGGUUAAACGCAACAGUGAACUGGAAAACCAGAUGGCGAAGCUGAUACAGAUCUGCCAGCAAGUGGAGGUGAACACAGCAAUGCAUGAGGCCAAGCUGAUGGAGGAGUGUGAUGAGCUCAUGGAUAUCAUCCGCCAGCGCAAGCAGGUCAUUGCUGUCAAGAUCAAGGAGACGAAGGUGAUGAAGCUGCGGAAGCUGGCCCAGCAGGUCGCUAACUGCCGGCAGUGUCUCGAGCGCUCGACGGUCCUCAUCAACCAGGCCGAGCACAUCCUGAAGGAGAACGACCACGCGCGGUUCCUGCAGACAGCCAGGAACGUGGCCGAGAGGGUCGCCAUGGCAACUGCAUCCUCUCAAGUUCUGAUACCAGAUAUCAAUUUUAAUGAUGCCUUUGAAAACUUUGCUUUAGAUUUUUCCAGAGAGAAGAAGCUGCUGGAGGGGCUGGAUUACCUAACUGCACCGAACCCGCCGUCCAUCCGAGAGGAGCUUUGCACGGCCUCCCACGACACCAUCACCGUCCACUGGAUCUCGGAGGACGAGUUCAGCGUCAGCUCCUACGAGCUGCAGUACACCAUCUUCACCGGCCAAGCCAACUUCAUCAGUCUGUACAACUCCAUGGACAGCUGGAUGAUCGUCCCCAACAUCAAGCAGAACCACUACACCGUCCACGGGCUGCAGAGCGGCACCCGCUACAUCUUCCUCGUCAAGGCCAUAAACCAGGCAGGCAGCCGAAACAGCGAACCCGCCAGGCUCAAGACAAACAGUCAGCCUUUUAAGCUGGACCCCAAGAUGGCUCACAAGAAGUUGAAGAUCUCCAAUGAUGGGCUGCAGAUGGAGAAGGACGAGAGCUCCUUGAAGAAGAGCCACACACCGGAGAGGUUCAGCGGGACAGGGUGCUACGGCGCAGCAGGCAACGUCUUCAUUGACAGCGGCUGCCACUACUGGGAGGUGGUGGUGGGAUCCUCAACCUGGUACGCCAUCGGCGUGGCUUACAAGUCAGCCCCCAAGAACGAGUGGAUCGGGAAGAACUCCUCGUCUUGGGUCUUCUCCCGCUGCAACAACAACUUCGUGGUGAGGCACAACAACAAGGAGAUGCUGGUGGAGGUCCACCCGCAGAUGAAGCGCCUCGGCAUCCUCCUGGAUUACGACAACAAUGCGCUCUCCUUCUAUGACCCAGCCAACUCCCUCCACCUGCACACGUUCGAAGUCUCCUUCGUCCUACCGGUGUGUCCAACCUUCACCAUCUGGAACAAAUCCUUGAUGAUCCUCUCGGGUCUGCCCGCCCCAGACUUCAUAGAUUACCCAGAGCAGCAGGAGUGUAACUGCAGGCCCCAGGAGUCCCCGUACGUAUCAGGGAUGAAAGCCUGUCACUAGGCUGCCCCAGCCCUGCCCGUGCCCCGCGGUGGCACCAGCGAUGCUGGCGGGUGCUGGCGCUCCGAGCCGGCCGCCGGGAGCCUGCCGGCAGCUGUGCCGGAGAGCCGCGAGCCGCCGUGACGCUCCAGCAGGCGAGCACCUUCCCACACGCAGCGCCGUGGUUUUUUAAGGGGAAGGAGGAAGAACCUCUAACCGUGGCUGAAAAUAAACUCCUGUUGGCGAGCUCCGCUUGUGUGCGAGUGCGGCUUGUGCAACUCCUUGGUGGCGUGCUCCGAUCUCUCCCGAAGCGGAUUGUCACCUGGAUGGCUUUGUCUUCUUUUGGGGGCUGGAAAGGCUGGGGCGGGUUUUCGGGUGCCCUUCUGAGACGCUGCCGCGGCCAGGGGGACGUCUCGCGCGUCCCCGCAAGGUGCAGGUUGGAACAGGAGGGAUUGGCUUUCCAGAGCCCACUGGUAGCUUGUCCUGAGAGCCAGGUGGCACCUGAGCAUCAUUUUCUGGGGAGGACUUUCUGUUUGGCUGAAGUUUGGCAGCUUCUCUGGCGGGGUAGAUAACUGCAUGCACCCCUCGCGCUUGGUGAGCGCCGACGCUGGUUGUGUGGCGGAUGGGCUGCCAGAGCGAGGGCAGCGCUCCCUGCGCCCCGCUGGCUUUGCAGUCCCACGGCGGAGGGCAGCCGGCCGCGGACCCCCAGCCCACCGUGUCUCCUCCUCCGGGAGCGCACCAGGAGUCAGGGAGGCCCCCACCCCUAAGCAGCAAGCCGAGGAGCUCUCGCCCCCGGCACAGGGGUUUGGCAGAUGCUCCUUCCCGACGCAGGGUCCGGCCGGCUGUGCCCUGCCACGUGCGUCUCCGCGUAGACCUCUGUUAGUUUCAUGUCUGGUGUCCCUGCAGAAAAAAACACGUCUCCCCAUGCUGAGCAGAUGGUCAAACCCUGCCCAAAGACCAUCUCUGUGCUUUGUGACCCAAAAUUUCAAUUUACAGCCCCAAAUCUUGGUUCUCGGUUUGCUCUCCACCAUGGUGGUGUGAGCGUGGAGCCGUCCUGUUUGCUCUGUGGCAAAGGACUGAAUCCGUCCCAGGGCCUCCGGCCCCGGGUUACUGGGAGCUCUUCAGCUGCCACCAGUGCUCCCAGUAGCCACAAACACCAAGUCCCCUGGCCAAGCUUCAGUUCCCACAUUUGCUCAAAAGCCAGGAGGGGCUGGGCCGGUCCCUGCGUCGCAGGGAGCGAACACGCAACGCGGGCGCCUGCAGCAGGGUCCUGGCACCGUCCGGGCAGGCGGCGCGGCGCGGCGGGGAUGCCCGGGGUGGGGGGCUCCGGCAGCACGCUGGCCCGAGGCGAGCUGGUGCUUGAGCUUCGGUCCGUGGUGUUUGAAAACUCCUUUUUCUCCUCUGGAUGUGGUGCUGUCAGAUGCCUUGGUGGCAUCGCACAGGGACCGUCAGGCCGAGACCUCCUAGCCGGCCUUUUCCUGUCUUAUUUUGGACCUUGCUGAUAGGGAACUACCUCAGAGCCCAGCCUUGGAGGGGUAGGUGGCCGGUUCAGACAGGGUGACAGCACUUCGGCGCUUGUCUCACAGGGCUGCAGGAGAGGCUGGCUGAUCCCGCUGGAGCCAGUUGGCCCCGUCCAAAGGUGGGUGCUCCCCGCCAGUGACCCAGCCUGGGGGACCCUUGUUAAGUCCGGCGGGGGCAGCUGCCAGGCGAUAGCUUUGUCCAGGCAGAGUGUGUAUAAAAAGAGCCUGUUUCUCAGCACAGCACCCCUCCGCUUUACCUGGCUGACAUUGUUGGUGGCUGGCUGGCUGCCGCUGCGGGAAGGGAGCACACGUCGCCUGCAGGGAAGGGUUCUGCCGCCUGCGCUGCCAAGCCGAGGGCGAUUUUGCCUCUGAUCCAGGCUGCUUUCCCCCGGUGCUUGGCAGGGGCUCGUGGCGGGCGCUGCGUCCCUCCCGAGCAGACAGAGCGGUUUUAUUUGCUUCUUCUGGCCCCAGCAUGCAAGAGCAUCGGGUGGGGAUGCAGUACGGUCACAUCUGCCAUUCCCCACAGCUAAGCACACGAACACAAUUAAUUUUAAGAGGAUACGUUGCCAUUUUCAGUGGGAUUUUUUUUUUUUUUGAAAGCCACAUGGGGCUGUCAUUAAAGUCUUUUCCCUGUGUGCCGGUCCCGUCUGGGGCUGCUCAUAAUGUGUCAACCUCAAACAGAGGCCAAGCACUGGAGGUGGAUUUUAGCAUUCGCAACGCAGGUGCCAAGCUUUCCGCCGGCACCGGCACCGCUUUGACUGGCUUAUUGCUAGAGGACUCAGAGCACACGAGCCAUUAAUGUGACAUUUGCACCUGAUGAAAUUGCACUAAUCGCGGUGGGAUCCCCCUACCCCGCCGCACACGUCUCGUACCCCGGGCCAGGCAGGCGGACGAAGCGGGGAGCUCACGUGGCUGGUGCCCAGGGCACCCCGCACCCCGAGCGGGCGGUUCUGGGGAUGGGAGCCCUUUCCGAGUCACCCGCGUUCCCCUCUCCUGGUUUUGGAAACGCAAAACCCACCUGAGUGUUACUGGGAGGAUGGGAGAAUCUGCCCCAUCCCUGGUCCCUGCUCUGUGAGUGAUGCCCCCAGCCCAUGAGCGAGAGACCCCAUUGGUUAAAACUGCCUGGUGUAUGACGAUGACACAGCAGUAGUUUCAUCCAACCCGAGCCCCUGCAGGCUCCGCAACCCUGGGUUAUGAAUGAACACGUUUCCCACGGCCCCUGGCGGGGGGGCAGGACACGGGUGGAGGGGCCAUGGUGGGGCCGGGGCUCCCCACGGGGCUGGGUGCUGCCGCUGGCCCCCGCUCCUGGUGACUCCGCUGUAUAGACUUGCGACGUGGUGAACUGGUUGCCGUGCGGCCCGUCAGGCUCUCCUCUUCCAUAUGUAACAUAAUUGUCUUGGUUUUGUUUUGGGGGAGGGUUGUUCUUCCUGUUAUGUUUUUUCCCUUUUUUUGUUGGUUUCUUUUUUUGCAAAUUCUUUGUUAAUGUGUAUAUAUAUAUAUAUAUAUAAAAAUAUAAUAUAAUAUAUAUACGUUACUGGA